AUGGGUGACCCCGGUGACGGUGGUCCAGGGGGUGUUGGGGAGCCGAAAGAGGGGUGCGCCGAGAAAACCUCUGUUCAAGGACCAUACCAUAUCGAGAAGGAUGCGGGUAUUCCUGUGGAAAAGGCAGCAGGAACUAGUACGGCAGUCUACGCGUCGUCUACGUCUGAAGACUACAUUAUGAUGAUUGCCAAAGACCCAGAUCAUGCGCCGGCAACCGUAUCAACCUCUACUAGCCCCAGCAUUCAGGCGAACCGUAUUAGUUGGUACUUUGAUCUGAAAGGCCCCAGUAUCCAUGUCAACACGGCUUGUUCAUCCAGUAUGAUCACCAUGGACCUUGCAUGUCAGAGCCUGAGGAGUGGGCAGAGUUCAAUGGCCUUAGUAACAUCUGCAAAUAGUCUGUUAAGUCCGGAAUGGUCUCUCUAUCAGUCAAACAUGAGUUUCCUGUCAGCGGAUAGUCGGUGCUAUAGCUUCGAUCAGCGCGCCAAUGGCUAUGCAAGAGGAGAAGGAGUUGCUGUGCUUGUUCUCAAGAGAAUAACAGAUGCAAUAAGGGACAGGGACAUGAUUCGUGCUGUGAUUCGAGCAACCGGUUCGAACCAAGACGGCCAUACCCCAGGCCUCGCUCAGCCAAGCCAGUCUGCGCAGGAGGCGCUCAUUCGCCAGGUGUACAAGAGUUGCAACUUGAGCUUUGAGCACACACGUUACGUGGAAGCCCAUGGCACCGGUACACAGAUUGGAGACGUGACUGAAGCAACCGCGCUUGGUCGGGUUUUCAAAGCCAGCAGGUCCGCCAGUGAGCCAUUAUACAUUGGCUCUAUCAAAGCAAACAUCGGCCAUCUUGAAGGAGCCAGCGGCCUCGCCGGUAUUCUCAAAAGCAUCAUGAUACUUGAGACUGGAAUCAUUCCUCCGAACGCCUUGUUUGAGAAACUAAAUCGAAAGAUUAAUGCCAGAUUCUACCAUCUCGAGGUGCCUACUUCUCCUAUCCCUUGGCCGGAAGAAGGCCUGCGGCGAAUCUCGAUUGAUUCUUUUGGCUUUGGCGGAGCCAAUAGUCACAUGGUUCUCGACGACGCUUAUCAUAUCAUUGAGGCUCUUGGACACGUAGCCCAUCUUCACGUCCUCAACGGCCCCAGGCUUCUCACCAACACGGUAUUAAAUGGGACAAAUGGCGUGAACGGGACAAACGGGGUGAACGAAGCGCACGAAAUUAAUGAAGAUAACGGUAUCAACGGAGCAAACGGUACCAAUGGUGUAAACGGGACCAAUGGAGACAGCCACGCAACCAGCAAAAUAGACCCAACGCCUGGAUACAAGCUACUGACGUGGUCUGCACGAGAUGAAGCCGCCCUGAAGCGGAUGCUGGGUUUGUAUGAUGGGUAUCUAAAAGCCAAGGUGCGCGAAGAUACCAGCUUUCUACAGGACCUGUCCUACACACUUGCUACGCGUCGGAGUCUAAUGGCUUGGAGGUCAUUCUCUGUUGUAGACGGGCAAGGCGCUCUAGAGACACUGAACCUCUCUGCUGCAAAGUGCGAGCGCGCAGCGCGUGAAGUUGGAGUGGCCUUCAUCUUCACCGGCCAGGGAGCGCAAUAUGCCAGCAUGGGAAUGGAGUUGCUUCGCUACCCUGUCUUUCAAGCUACACUUGCCAAGAUACAGGAAGUAUUUCAAGAAGUAGGAGCCGAGUGGUCACUAUUUGAUCAACUAAAAGACCAAACGCGAAUCAAUGAGCCAGAGUUCAGUCAGCCUUUGUGCACCGCGCUCCAGAUAGCCCUCGUCGAACUGUUGGCAACUCUCAACAUCUUCCCCGAUGUUGUAGUUGGGCAUUCGUCGGGAGAGGUCGCGGCAGCUUAUGCCGUUGGAGCCCUCUCCCUUCGUGCUGCCUGCAUAGUCGCUUACCACAGAGGCCGUCUCGCCAGGGAGGUCGCUUCAGCAUCGCUACUGAAGCCUGGUGCGAUGAUGUCCGUGAAUCUCGCGGAACACGAGGCUGAGUCCUACUUGGCAAAGCAAUCACUGCCAGGAAACGUUUCCGUUGCGUGCAUCAACAGCCCCGGCAACGUCACGCUCUCCGGCGACGAGGCCGCCAUUGAUCAGGUGCAGGCAGAGCUCGACAAGGAUGGCGUCUUCGCAAGAAAGCUCAAGACGGGUGUGGCCUACCACUCGCCUGCUAUGCUUCAGGUCGCAGAUGAGUACCGAUCCAGCAUGGGUCAUCUCGAGGCACGAGAGUUGCAGCACGGUGGUAACCCCUUUAUGGUGUCAAGCGUCACAUCUCAAAAGGUUACUCCGAUCACCCUGCUGGAUCCCCAAUAUUGGGUCGACAACUUGGUGUCACCCGUACGAUUCGCCGAUGCGUUGCAAUACAUUGUUCACGCAGCGCCUAAGUUGGAUGGCUUGAAGCCCAUCACCAACUAUCUCGAGAUCGGACCCCACGCAGCAUUGCAGCGACCCGUACGCGACUCACUGGCUCACGCGGGCAACAGCACGGCCAAAUACGGGUCAGUUUUGUCGAGGCAGGAACCACCCUCGAAAACCCUUAUGCAGCUGGUUGGCCAGCUGUUCGCCAGUGGGUAUCGUGUCUCAAUCACAGCGGCCAACCAACAGGAUGGAGCCUUUCCGGAUGCCAAGCUCGUAGUAGACACUCCUCAGUACCCAUUUGAUAAGACACUGACGUACUGGCAUGAACCUAGAGUCACUCGUGAUUGGCGACUUCGUGAAGGCUCUCCGAAUACCCUCCUGGGCUUACGUGCAAGUGACUGGAACCCGUUGCAACCACGAUGGAGGAAGAUGCUCAGAGUUGAGGAAGUUGGCUGGGUGGCAGACCACGUCGUGGACAACGCCGUCGUUUUCCCUGCGGUUGGCUCAGUGGUGAUGUCAAUCGAAGCAGUGAGACAAACAGUUGGUGGAAGCCAACCCAUCCGAGGCUACCAUGUGAAGGAGGCCACAUUCAUGAGCCCCAUCGUCGUCACACCGGGACAGACAACAGAGGUCAUGACGCAUCUCCGCUCACUGCAACAGACGUACGAGAGGUCCGCCACUCGAUUCGAGAUUGAGAUAUUCUCGUUUGCGGAGAACUACUGGAGAGCGUGCGCCAAAUGCGUCGUCCAUGUUGAAUUUGCACAGGAAGCUCGCACCGAAGUUGAUGGUGGUCAGGAGAACCAGAUUCUCGCCGAGUCGCUGGCUCGUAGAUACGACGAAGCCAAAGGCAACGCAAGGUUCAGCAUCCCCAAUGCCGAUUUCUAUCCCUGGCUUCAAGAGAACGGCUUCAAGUACGGGCCGACUUUCUCCCUUGCUGAUCAGGUUUGCUGGGACGGGGCUGACCUUGCCAUUGCCGAAGUGAACGUCGGGGCCCCAGUUGACUCGUUCAAGGAGGGCGUUGUCCAUCCUGGAAUUCUCGAUUCCUGCUUACAGAUCUGCCCGAUCCCACCAUCUGAUGGAAUGUCCCUGAAUAUCCCGACUUCCGUCCCUCAUCAGAUCAAGGACGCCUGGAUUGCGGAGGCCGGGUGGCUUAACCCAUCCACGGAACGGGUCAAGGUCUUGACAGAGGCAAAGCUCAAACCGAUUGGCGCUGGUAUGGACUGCGAAGUUUCUAUAUUAUCAGAAACUGGUGGACUUCUUUGCCAUAUCAAGUGGCUGGAAAUGUCGCCGCUCAUGGCCAGUGAACUCGGUGCUACUAGCGCAAGGAAGUUGCUACAUCACCUUGAUUGGAAGCCUCAUACGGCGUUGCCUGCUCUUGAACAUCCCAAUAGUUCUUUCACCAAUUGUUCUUUAGCUAAUGGAAAGACGCCAGAGAAGGAAGACACGGCGGUCUAUGACAGGUCAAAGCUUGAACAGACUCUGAGGUCCGUCGCAAAGAAGAGCAUUGCUAACCUGGGGGAUAUCGAUUGGGAGAAAGCUCCAAGCCACAUGAAGAAGUAUAUCUCCUGGAUAGAGCGUCAAGUUCAUCAAGAGACAAACGGGGAAGUUCCUGAAGUGGGUGAUCUCACGAGCAAAGUGGAAGACCUGGUCAUAAAACAACCGUCAUGGAAAGUGUUUGCGGACAUCGCAAAGAACUUUGCCUCCAUAAUUCGCGGAGAAUCACACGAUACCGACCUGUCCAUUUCUGCGACCUCGUUCCAGGAUUAUCUUGACGAAGCGGUGGCUGCAGUCUUGAACCAUGAUGUCGAGUCCCAUCUUGAACUGUUAGCUCACCAGAAGCCGACUCAGAGGUUCCUUGAGCUUGGCGCCCGUAGGGGUGCUCUCACGCAUUAUGUCUUAUCAGUGUUACAGGGAAUUGAAGCUCGCACGGGCGGAAUAGCGUUCUCUGAGUACACCUAUUCGGAGUCCUCCACUGAGCUUCUUGAAGAAGCUAAAAAGCGAUUUGCUGAGUAUCAGCACCGCCUGGAUUUCACGAGCCUCGAUGUUAACAAGGACCUGAUCACGCAAGGGCUGCAGCCUGCGAGUUACGAUGUGAUUUUCGCAUCAGACGUCAUAAGGGGAGCUAAGGAUGCUUCAGGCGUUCUUCAGAACCUCCGAAAGGUGCUUGCACCUGGUGGUCAGCUCUUCCUUUACGAGAGCACUGCCUCUGGCCGGUUCGAGAUUGGCUUCGGCUUUGCCGCCGCCGCAGAUUGGUGGAUGGGCCAUGAAGACGAGCAGGACUGGGAUUGGACGAUAGCUCUCGCUCAAUUGGAUGCGGCGUUGAAGGAGAAUGGAUUCUCAGGCGCCGACCUGGUCAUCAAGGAUAGCCUCGUGGUGUCGAGGGAAGCGUCUCAGCUCAGCCUUCCACUUACUGGUACUACGGUCUUUGUCGUGGUCGAUGACGACGAGUUCCAAAAGUCACUUGCAGACAGUAUCGUACAGGCCGCUAGGUGGAACUCCCGAGUUCUCACUCUCAAAGAGGUGGCAGACCAGAAGCUCGAGUCAGGAGAUUAUGUCAUCUGUCUCGCGGACGUCUACAAGCCAUUCCUGCACCCUAUGAAGCAGGAGACUCUGAACCUCGUUCGAGAAUGGGUGCGACAAUCAACAAAUCUGUUCUGGGUUACUGCGUACGAUGCAGAGGCCACUGAUCUUCCCUCGUCUUAUGUCUACGCGGGGAUCAAGGACGGAUUUCUCCGUGCGUUACGCUCUGAGUAUGCUCUGAAUCGUAUCGUCUCCGUCACUGUUGGUGACAACAGUCGUGAUGUCCCCGCAUGCGCCAAAUACGUGGCUAGUAUCUUUGCAUCCGCGUUUGGCGGACUCGCUUCCGAUGACGAGUACAUUGUGAAGAACGGCCAAGUCUUGACGGGACGACUCGUUGAUGAUAUCAACACCAACAAGGAUCUGACAUUGUCUAUCGAACCAGAAGGCAUCGCUGAGUCGUGGUUACCAGGCCCGCCACUGAGGCUGGCUAUCCGAACUCGCAGACAACUUGAGACUCUGCAGUUCAAAGAAGAUCUUGCCUACUUCGAUGAGCUGCGCCCAACAGACGUCGAGAUCGAAGCCAAGGUAUGGGGCGUCGGCUUCCGUGACGUGUUUGUUGCCCUCGGCCGUCUGGACGAAGACGAUUUUGGUGCAGACUGCGCAGGUGUUGUAACAAGAGUAGGAGCCGAGGUCACAUCAUUCAAAGCCGGGGACCGUGUCUGCAUGCAGACGGUCGACGGUAUGAGGACCUACCCCAGAUCUCACGAAUGGACGACGGCCAAGAUCGCAGACAAUGUCUCGUUCGAAGACGCUUGCGCCAUCAUUAUCCCUGGUAUGACCUCGCUGCAGGGUCUCAUCGAGGUUGCACGCCUGGAGCAAGACGAGAAGGUCUUGAUUCAUUCAGCUUCUGGCGGCACAGGUCAGCUGGCCGUCCAGGUAGCUCAGUGGGCUGGGGCAGAGGUCUUUGCGACUGUGGGAUACGACCACAAGAAGCAGCUGCUGAUGGACGAGUAUGGCAUCCCUGCUGACCACAUCUUCUACAGUAGAGACACCAGUUUUGCUCAAGGCAUCAAGAGAAUCACCAAUGGCUACGGUGUCGAUGUUGUUCUAAACUCCCUGGCAGGUGAACCUCUACGUGCUUCUUGGGAGUGCAUUGCCCCAUACGGUAGAAUGAUCGAGAUCGGCAAGGCUGAUAUCAAUGCUAACUCAUCACUACCGAUGGGAGGGUUCAAGAAGAACUGCCUGUAUGCAGGUGUUGACCUUCACCACAUAGUAAAGGAUAUAAACAAGAAGCGUCUGGCUAAGAGGCUUCUGCAAAAGGCGAUGGAUCUGGCCAGCGAAGGAAGUGUCCGAGCACCAAGUCCUCUCCACGUAUACAAUGUGGAUAAGGUGGAAGAUGCUUUCCGCUAUCUUGCGAGCGGGAAGAAUACAGGUCGUAUUGUAAUCCGGGUUGAUUCGUCAACAGUUGUUGAGAAACAAAUAAUAAAGCGAAGAACUUGGACAUUUGAUGAGAAUGCCACAUACCUUGUAGCUGGUGGUCUCGGUGGUAUUGGUCGUUCGAUACUUCGGUGGAUGGUCACGCGAGGGGCGAAACACUUGCUCGUUCCAUCGAGAUCUGGUGCUGCCUCUUCCGCAGCUUCUGAGCUCGUGCGCGAGCUUUCCGAGCAGAACGUUGCGAUUUCGACACCGAAAUGCGAUUUAUCUUCAAAAGAGUCUCUCGCGCGUAUGCUUGAGGAGUCUGCUGCGACUCUACCCCCAAUCAAAGGGUGCCUCGUUGCGACGAUGGUCCUCAAUGAUUGUAUGUUUGAAAAUAUGACUCUGACGCAAUGGGAGGAGACAUCGCGCUCUAAAGUUGACUCUUCUUGGAAUCUUCACGCAUUGCUUCCUGAGUUGGAUUUCUUCAUACUGCUCUCAUCCGUCUCGGGUGUGGUCGGAAACCCAGGCCAGAGUAACUAUGCAGCAGGAUGUACAUUCCAGGAUGCACUGGCACGAUAUAGAAGCCAGCAAGGCCAGAAAGCCAUCUCCAUCGAUCUCGGUGUGAUGCGCAGCAUCGGCAUCGUUGCCGAGAGUGAGAAGCUUCAGAAGCAUUUCCAGGGUUCGAAGGGUUUCAUCCAGAUCGAGGAAGCCGAGUUCCUGUCACUUCUCAACAUCUGCUGCGACCCGUCGUACCAACCUGGCGAGCAUCAUUGCCAGAUGGUGAUGGGCCUCGAGACCCCUGCCAGCCUUCUCGCACGCUCCAUCGAGCCACCUGAGGUCUUGCAGAGGCCGCUGUUUGCCCGCUUUAGUCAACUCCCAGGCAGGUCCGCCAGCAGCAGCGACGGAACUGCCGUAGACGCAGGGCAGCUCUUCCGCCAGGCCGAGACGAUGGCCGAACGUGCCCAGGUGGUUGUCGAGGCCCUCUCCAAGAGAUUGGCGCGGACACUGACCAUCAAGAUCGAGGACGUCGACACGCACCAGGCCCUCCAUGCGUAUGGCGUUGACUCGCUAAUUGCUGUCGAGUUUAGGACCUGGCUCGGCAAAGAGUUUUUAGCCGAUGUUCCUGUUUUUGAGAUUGUUAGUGGAAAGACGAUUGAAUCUGUGGGUGAUCUUGUGGCCAAGACGAGUAGGAUCGAGAUCAAAGCGUAG